AUGGAUCACUCAAUGCAUAUGGCCAUGGGUCACGGCGAUAUGGGUCACGGCGAUAUGGACAUGGGCGGGCAAUGCAAUAUGAAUAUGCUGUUCAACUGGUCCUCCGAAAAUCUGUGUAUCAUCUUCCGCAGCUGGCGUAUUACGGGUCCUUUCUCCUUCCUGUUGUCCCUCAUCGCUAUUGUUAUCCUUACUGCCGGUUACGAGGGAGUACGAUCCGUGACUCGGAAGUACGAGGCUGCACAUGCACAGCGGCUUAGUAGAUUCAUGGCCACUUCUGUCAACACUGGUGACAAUGAGAUCGCCGACCCUAUCAUUGCCAACGGCCUGGCGGAUGCAAUCCAUCACACUCACGACGAAGGCUCACCAUUGCUUGUAGGAAGGGACAACAGAGCUGCGUUAAUGCGCAAGGGCAAGCUGACUAUGGCGGCUUUGUAUGCCAUCCAGGUGUUUUACAGCUUCUUCAUCAUGCUUCUCUUCAUGACAUAUAACGGUCCCGUGAUGAUCGCGGUUGCAGUUGGCGCGUUCGUUGGAUACUUGGCUUUCUCCGAAGGAACUUCAGCCACCAAGACAGUUGCAUGCCAUUAA